AUGCAUUUUGCGGAGAAAGGGGAAGGGCCAGUGGUGUUGUUCUUGCAUGGCUUCCCUGAUCUCUGGUACUGCUGGCGCAACCAGAUUCUGAAUCUGAGCGAACUGGGUUACCAUGCAGUGGCCCCCGAUCUCCGAGGCUACGGUGACACCCAAGUCCUAGGCCACGAUCAUGAUAAAGCGAGCAGAUACACAGACUAUAUCUUCAACGGCGGUUUCAAGCAAGAUGUGCCAUCUUUGGAGGAAGUGAAAGUGCUUCCUGGGGUUGGACACUUCAGCAUUGCAGCAGAGGCAGCAGACAGAGUCAACACUGAAAUUUAUAACUUUAUUCACAAGUUCCCAAACUGA